GGGGCGCGAGACGGAGCCAUCUUAUAACCCCCGUCUAUAAGCAGCUGCACGCCAAGCGGGUCCUCCACUCCUUUCGACUUUCUUAAAGCCCGAGUAUAUAUCAAGGCCUUUAUUUUUAGCUACCUUGAGCACACAAGAGGGAAAAAACAAACCACCAUCGUCUCCCUUCCUGUAGGAUUAUAUUGCCUUUGACUUAUUCCAAUCAACCAACUUCAAAAUGGACUACGACUCAGACAUCUCGGUGGUAAGGAAGGUCUCCAGAACCUACAAUGUUUAUCGAGGAACCUCACCGACGACUCAGAACAGAUUAGAGGUUAGAAAUGUCUCCAGAACCUUCAACACAGGGAGCGACACCUCCAGCAACACCAUCAUCAAUAAAUCCGAGUCUCGUGUGGUCACCGCUGCCAAUCAAAUGUUUGAGAGAGACGAGCAGAGGUACCAGUCACGACUUAGAGAGGUUGAGGAUGCUCUUGACAGUGAAAGGGAAGGGCGUCUCAGGGCUGAGAAACUACUUGCUGAGCUUCAGUUCCGCUAUGACCAGGUCCAAGAUAGUUUGGAGGAGCAAGGAGGUGUGGCAUCUCAACAGACUGAAAUCAGCAAGAAAAGGGAGCUAGAGAUUAACAAAUUGAGGAAGGACAUUGAAAUGGUCAAUGUUCAGUUUGAACAGACAGAAAACAGUUUAAGGAAGAGACAUCAGGAGUCAAUCAACGAACUUUCUGAUCAAAUUGACCAUCUACAAAAGCAGAAAGCUAGAAUUGAAAAAGAAAAACAGACUCUUGUCAUUGAACUUGAUGGUCUCUCUGGACAACUGGAUUCCGUUAGCAAAGCUAAGGCUUCAGCUGAGAGCAAAUUGGAUGCUUCAGAACAGGCUAACAUUCGCCUUAAAGGACAAGUUGACGAUUUGGCCCGCCAGCUGAACGACCUGACCUCACUUAAAGCUAAACUGACCCAGGAAAACUUCGAUCUUCAACACCAGGUUCAAGAACUCGACUCAAGCAACGCUGCUUUAGCUAAAGCUAAGGCCCAACUUCAACACCAAAAUGAUGACCUGAAGAGAAAUCUGGAUGAUGAGUCAAGACAAAGACAGAAUCUUCAAGUUCAACUUUCUGGAUUGCAAAGCGACUUUGACAAUCUUAAUGCUCGUUAUGAGGAAGAGGUCGAGUCUGCUAACAAUUUGAGAUUACAGUUGAGCAAAGUAAAUGCUGAGUUCAGUGUCCUGAAAGCCCGCUUCGACAAAGAGAUUCAACUCAAGACAGAGGAACUUGAAGAAACCAGACGUAAACUUUCCGCUCGCAUUGCUGAGUUGGAGGACACAGCUGAACAACUGCGUGUCAAGAACGGCAGUCUAGAAAAGGCCAAGGCUAAGCUCACAAUUGAACUCAGAGAGAUCACCAUUGAGCUUGAAAAUACCCAGAUCAUUGUACAAGACCUUACAAAACGCAACAGACAGUUGGAGAAUGAAAAUGCAGCUCUGCAGAAACGUGUGGAUGAGCUGACUGCUGAGAACAACGGUCUCCGUGCUGACAAGGCCAACCUUGAACAGGAAGUCUACAGACUACGUGUUGCAAAUGCAGAACUGACCGAGCGCAACGACAACCUGCAGAGAGAGAACAAACAACUUUCGGAUCAACUUCGUGAGGCCAACCAAGCUCUGAAGGAUGCCAACCGUGAACUGGCUGACUUGAGGGCUCUCCGGGCUCAAUUGGAGGCCGAAAGAGAUUCUCUUGCUGCUGCCCUGAAGGACACUGAGGAUGCCCUUCGUGAUGCCGAGAACAAACUGGCUAAUGCCAACGCUGCUCUUGAGAAACUUAAACAAGACAUGGAAGCCAGACUCCGUGAAAAGGAUGAGGAAUUGGAGAACAUUAGACGUAGCAGUGCUCGUGUUAUUGAAGAGCUUCAACGCACUCUUAUUGAGGUUGAGACCCGUUACAAAUCUGAGAUCUCUCGCAUUAAAAAGAAGUUCGAAUCUGACAUCCGUGAACUCGAAGGUGCCUUGGACAACGCCAACAGAGCCAAUGCUGAAUAUCUUAAACAGAUCAAAUCUCUCCAAGCCAGAGUUAAGGAACUUGAAGGUCUUCUGGAUGAUGAACGUCGUAUUGCUGAUGAUCUUCGCAACCAACUGUCACUCAGCGAGAGGAAGAGAAUUGCCUUGGCUCAGGAAUUAGAAGAUGCCAGAUCCCUGCUUGAAGCUGCUGAGAGAGCUCGCAAGAAUGCUGAAGUAGAGCUCCAAGAAAUCAACAUUCGUGUCAGUGAAUUGACCAUCUUGGUAACAUCCCUGACAAAUGACAAGAGACGUUUGGAGGGAGAUGUUGGUGCACUCCAGAGUGAUCUUGAUGAUGCUUUGAACAACCAACGUGCUGCUGAGGAACGUGCUGAGAGAUUGGCCAAUGAGAAUUCCCGCCUUGCUGAUGAGCUCCGUCAAGAACAAGAAAACUACAAGAAUGCUGAGAGCCUGCGCAAACAGCUUGAGAUUGAGAUCCGUGAGAUUACAGUCAGAUUGGAGGAGGCUGAGGCUUUUGCUCAGAGAGAAGGCAAGAGACAGAUUGCUAAACUACAAAGCAGAGUCCGUGACCUUGAAGCUGAGCUGGAAGCCGAGAGCAGACGUGUACGUGAGGCCAUUGCUAACCAGCGCAAGGCUGAACGUUUCUACAAAGAACUCCAGACACAAACAGAAGAGGAGAGGAAACAGCUUGCUGAGCUCCAGAGUCUGAACGAUCAACUCACUAUCCGUGUCAAAACAUACAAGAGACAGAUCGAGGAAGCUGAAGAUGUAGCUAACCUGACAAUGAAUAAAUACCGUAAAGCCCAGGCUCUCAUUGAUGAGGCCGAAGCCAGAGCAGAUAGUGCUGAAAAGAAUCUUCAAACUGUUCGCCGCUCUCGUUCAAUGUCCGUCACACGUGAGAUUACUAGGGUGGUGAAGAUUUAAAGUAACUGGCUAACUUUUAGACAUUUUGUACAGGCUUUCCACUCUUGAUCUUCAGCCUCUCCCUUACUACUUUACGUUUUGCUUUUGUGCAUUGGUUUUGACAAGAAAUGAAGAUAAUGCAAGCGCUGCAGUGAAAGUUGGCAGCACACAGAGCAAGGUUCAACACACAUAGGAGUCAACAAACAAAAAUUUACACAGUUGACAGACUUUUUUUUUUUUUUUUUGAGCUAACACUUGUCUUGUAAACCAGGGUUUGCAGAUAUUUUCAAUAAAAAAACAAGUUGCAUAUGUCAGCUUUUAUUUUUCUGUUUUGUCAUGCUUGGUCUGGGUAGUAUGUCUACAUGCAUAUCGUUCAACAUAUUUUAUUUAAAACUGUAUGGGAGAAAAAAAUGCUUUACAAAGUAUUUGUAAUUUUUGUAAAUACUUCAUAACAUUUUUUUUUCUUAGAUUUCAGAUUUAUUUUUUUUUUUAUUUAAAACUUCAUCACUUUAUAAGCAAGAAAUUAUUUUGAUUUUCUAGUAAGUUAUCAAAGUGCAAUAAUCAAAUCUCAUCACUGUAUUGUCAAGUUUUAUUUUUAUUCUGGACAAACUGGCAAGCUUGAGACUUGAUAUACAUUGUGAUAUCCACAAUGUCUAUAUAUUUUUCUUUAUAAAAUAUUUUUUAUAUCACUAAAUCUUUUUAUUUUUUUGAAUCUAUAAAUAUGAAGGCUUGGUGAUGGGUUAUUUCGUUUGAAAUGUAUGUGUUUGUCUUAUGUUGUCUUGUGCUAUGAUAAGCCAAAUACAUGUACUUUUUAUUUAUGACUUGCUACAGUAAGGAAUUAGAAGAUUAUGCAGACUGUUGCUGUGCUUCCAAUUUCUUUCUCAUGUCCAAUAUUUUUUUUUUAUACAUCUGCAAAUUGUAUUGCUUUAAUCAAAAGAGUUAAUGCAUUUGAACUGUUAUCAAGAUCUGAAGAAUAAAGGAUGAGGAAAUAGUAACAACCCAAUUCCAGGACUAAAAACUUAGAUUACAAAAGACUGUUGUGAUUGAAUCCAACCCAUCUUUAGCUACUGAAGACCAAAUAUUCAGAUCAAGAGCAUGUAUUUAUUUCCUGAUUAAAUAGCAAGAAGACUAAUGGGGAUACAAAUUGUUGAUAAUGAUAUAUAUAUAUCUAUUAAAACAAAUUGAGCUUUUUUCA